AUGGAAGCGAAGAGUGACCAAGAUGCUAGCGAUUUUUUGUCGAUUUCGGCGAUAUUGGCGGAGCCAGAGGCACCAGAGAUGUCCGCGGAAGGAGAUAGUUUUGCGGAGGGCGACCUGGAGAGGUGGAUGCGGACUAUUGGUGCAGAGAUUAGCUGGACUCCGCAAAAAACACCGUCCGAUGCUGGAUAUUCGGCACCAUGUGGAGAGGGACCUGUGCCGCUGGGCCUAAGCACACCUCAGGCCCAGCGUCUCCCAUCCACGCCAGAAGAGCUGCCAGCACCAACCCCUGGUCAUCAACCUGGUACUUCACCCAGGCCUGGUACGUCGACGGCUACUGGAGCGGAGAGUUUACCAGUAGUAGUUAUUUGCAAGUGCAAAAAUAUGUGCGCCACUAAGGCAUGCCCCUGCAGGGUGGCGAAGGGACAAUGCCACGAACAGUGCAAGUGCAUCAUCACUAGAUGCAAGAACCGGGGACAGAGUAAACAAUCGACUCGAAGCAUGGCAAGGCCUGUAUCAACACAUGCAGCAGUUGCCCUGAAUUUAUCAACACACCAGAAUCAACAAGAUGAGCAAAUGCCCCAAGGACCAGACUCUCAGAUUCCACAGGAUCUCAUUGAAGCCAUGACAAAUCCUGAAGUUUGGGGCUUUGUUCAGGGCGGUUUUAACGACCAGCCGGAGCUAUUCAACCGCCUGCUACGGUAUCAUGAUAACAACCAGAGAAGGGCCAACAAUCUACCACCCCCACAAAUUCCAGGGAAUCUGCCUCCUAAUUGCAAGUGUGGGCGCUGUAGGCACACGCCUACUGUCCGUGAGCAAGUGUGCUGCGGCCUGAAGUGGCCAAAUUGUAAGACAUUGGACAAUCAAAUCAUUCAGAUAUGCCUAAACCACAACGUCGUGGAAGUUGCGCACAGAAAUGUGGAAGAUAUGUUAGCGGGACCUGGAGAGAGAAACAACAGAGCGAUGUGGCAUGCAUCAUACCGCCAAUACGUCCUCCACACAUAUGGCCACUUGGUUAAGGGAGUGAGGGUUGUUAUUCCUUCUUGUGUAGUCUGGAUGAUCAGGCAGCACUUUCCUUCACCAGAUGGUCGCUACACCGGAUUUAUACCAGGAAGAAGGCUGAUCUAAAACAACUAGCAGAACCAAGCUCUCAACUGAUAUUGAUAGUCAAAAGUUGAUGAUGUACCAGUACUUCACCAGAUAACUUCUUCUGAUGUGUCUGAAAAACAUAAAUAAUGUAAAUUACUGAAUGUAAGAAAUAAUUUCAUUUUCAUAUCAUCACUUAUUACAAUGUAGUUUCCGUAGGUUUCUUUUCUUUUUUCUUGUAAAGGGUCUUUGUUUUCUAUCAGGUAGGGUCUUAGAUUUUGGUUCUAAUUUGGGGUUUUCGAACUUAUUUCUAUGUUGGGGACUUAGCUAUCUUGGGCUUCAAAAAAUCCAUAAAAUUGAUAUAGUGCAAUAAAUGACUUCUCUAAGAUAGAUAGAUAGAUAGAUACUUUAUUCGUGACAUGUCACAGAUAAAUACACAGGACAAUUAUAAUUGGUGUGAACAUAAGCAAAGAAUGGUGCAAACAAAAAACAACAAAACACACAACAUAAAAACCAAUACCGCACACAGGAGAAAUCAGGUGAGA